AUGGCAAAGUCGAUCAGGAUACAGGAAUUAGUCGAGGUCGAUAACCAGACUGGUACUACUCAGGGUGUCUCUGCUCAUACAAGUUCUCAUCUGAAACAUGACACCGAGGAACUUCAGCCAACCUUUCGUCCGCAACUCAUGGUCCAGACAUCAAACAGCACAGCUCAGACAUCAUUAUCUGCAAUUGAGCGCUUUUCCUGGGAGUUUGAUAAAAAAGAACUGGCAUCCAUCCGACAUCCUCGAAAACGCAAAUCUCCUGUUGAUAGCCACCAGGCGGUAGAACUGAGAAGGGCAGCCCGGCCACCCAGAUUCUCGGUCAACAUCUUCCAUACGGAACCGAUCAACAAUUUCCCAAUUCCUUCGGAAGGAUGUGUGCCUCGCAUGGUUAAGCAUUACCUUCAGGUUUGGGCUCCGCAACAUGGGAGAGCAUUUGCAUUCGAAGGUCAUCCAAAGCCAUACCAAUCUUUGGUGUUCCCCUUUGCACUCGAGCGCGCAGUCGUGUUUGAAGCCAUAGUAGCUCUGAGUCGUGCAUCCUGGCUGUUACAAGAGAGACUCCCUUGGUCCAAAGACAACGCAUUAGCUCUUCACCGUGCCAACGCUUUCGCCCAGCUUCGACUCCGGCUAUUGUCAGAGGAGACAUGCGCGGAUGAUGCCACGAUUGUAACGAUUGCUGCGCUCACAACGAUAGAUUACAUGCUUGGUAUUCAUGAAGGCGCAGAAAACCACAUUAAUGCCAUGCAACGGAUACGAGCAAUUCGGGCCGACUUGAAGGGUGAUACACCUUGGCAGCAUUUUGUGAACGCCUCGCUGGAUGCGUAUUUCUCGCUCUGGAAUUUUGUCAAGGAGCGGAAUGCAGCAAUGACAAGCAUGUCUCAACUUACCAUGGAGUCGCCAUUGCGGAACGAUCUACCCCUCUACCCUUCCUUACCCUUUAGCACCAGAGUAUGCGAAUCAUUAUCGAAGGUCUCCUCUGCGUUCAACGACAUGGCAUUAGCAGGGCAAUUGUCGAUUCAGAUCAUCGGCAUCAUCGCCACCUUGUCUGCCAUGACAAGGAAUGAAAGCAGCGGUAGCCCUAGCCCGGGCAGUCCGAGUACCAGUAGUGCUGCGAGCUCAGCACCGAGUUCGCCGGGUGAGCGGAAUCUCCUCAACAUCAUUGCCGACCUCCGAUGCCUAUCUAUGUUGGGGACUGUGCCAAUAGAACACCUACUGUGUCACGGCCUCAUCGGCUGCUGUUUGAGGCUGCAUUUUGGGGAAGAGAAGCUAGGAGAUGACUUCAAUGAGACUUUACAAGAACUAGAAGAUACACUAGUGGGCGGUGGGAAACCCAGGCCUCAGCAAGACCUGGACAAGUUCCACAAAGAGCACAAGGAUUGUCUCCUUUGGAUUGCCUUUGCUGCCGCAGAUGCCCUCGACAUGUCGGCACCAUUCUCGGACAAAUUUCUGGUACUUCAACAGACGCUCGACAGAUAUCCAGCCGAGACUAGCAGAUGGGAAACACUCGAGAAAAUCCUUCGACGGUUCUUGUGGAAUGACUUUCUGGCACAAUAUUGGAAGAGACGUUGGCAGGUUGCGAUACAAAGACAACCAAAGCCACAUUAGUUCUACGCCUCUUGCAGGACUACAGCUUAUUCGAUGAAGAAUAUAUUGCACCCUCCUGAGAUGGGUCUGUGUACUGUGUGGUGAGUACUCAAUUUCACAACGAACGGCGAGCUUGGGGAGCUGCCUGGAAUGCUCACAUCAGCGUGUUGCCCAAGUACAAACGAGCCUGGCGCAUUGCGCGCACUCCAAGGCGGCUUGGAACGAGACGUGGGUGGCUCUUGUUUCUGUUUCCGUGAUUACCAAGCGGCCAAAUACUUUCAGCUUUAACACCCACACCAUCAAAGACGCAUCACCAUCAUUCGAGAGGCAAACCAAAGGAUUCGAGAAACAUAGUCAGGCUGAAGACGGUCUUCUUAGCGAUGCCGAGGCUGACUAUGGCUUAAUACGGUGCAGCGUCUCGCAGCAACUUUUUCGGAUCACCAAACAUG